UUGGUCAGUCGUCGUUGUGCAGGAAGUUAGGGAACACCACUACGCAUAGUUAUCGGACCUUUGCACCGGUUUUACUAUCCACAGCUUCAUUAUAUUAUAUUAUGCCUGGUGGUUACGUCCAUCCCUUGAUUGAUCGGCUACUUUUCGCGUUCUGCGACGGAUCCCUGGUCCCUGUACCGGCCCCCUCCGAAGUUACUUUCCAGACAGCCGUUGCGUCCAAGGACUAGUGAUCGCAAUUCCGAAUCGUCUUCAUAUUUAUCUCAGUUAAGCUGUCGUGGUUGAAAGAUGACAGCUGUGCUCACGAUACCGCGGGAAAAGUAUUCGCGGUUUACCCCGGAUCCGCUGCAGUGUCCCACCACACAAAGAUACAUCCUAAGGGGCUCAGACGUUUCGAUCAAGUCUCCCGUGUCCAUUCAUAGUGAUUAUCUUUCUACGGACUGUCUUAGUCCGAUCUCAUCAUCUGUGGCCUCGUCGGUUCCGUCUUCUCCCACUCUCAGUAGCGUUUCGCCCAGUAUUGACGAUGAGCAUGAUGGUGACAAUGACGAAGACGAGAUCCUAUUCCCCUCAUAUGAUUUCAAAGAAGUGUUCCAGAAGGAUGUAAUGUCUCAACAGCAACAGCAGUCCGACGAACUUGUCAGUAGUAAUCCUACUGAGCCAUCAAUAGAUGGCCAGCGCCUGCAGACGCCUGCAGCCGAUGAUACUUCGCUGGAGGAAGAACCGUCAAGACAUGUUGAUUAUCUCUCCCAUGACUGGAAAGAGGAGGAUAUCUGGACAUCAUGGCGUUACAUGACGAAACGCAAGGAUGUCUACAGCAACGGGCUGCGACUGGAAAAUGCUUCCUGGAGAACGUGGGCGAAAGUGAAGUUUGACUUGGACACCAUCUCUCCAGAAACCCUUAAUUGGCUCAAGGAUUGCGACGUGACAUGGUUGUAUGGUCCGUUGAAGACAUCUAAGAAUUUCGGUUCAAAUGCCUCACCUCCGCCGACCCAUCUGACGACGCCGAAUAUGUGUCAACCUCGGAAGCCUAUUUUGAAGAAAAAGACCGCAUCAGAGACAAUGCUGCAACGAUCAUUGUCUCAACAUACACUGUUACAACGUGCAGGAGCCCUACUGAAGGCGAAGGAGGCAGCAAAUACACAAGAUCAGUCAAUUUCGCGAUCCAGGCAUCAACAGGAUCAAACAGGCAGUACUACACCGACUGCAAUUGCCGGGACACCUACAACUGCGUCCGUUUCGGAUAUAGGGUCACCCAAUGAAAGGCGGCACAUCCAUUUCAAUAAUGAGGUCGUGCAAUGCAUCGCCAUUGAAGCAAAGGACGAGGAAGAAGAAUACGGAAAAUACCUAACAGGGCUCGAGGAUGGCCUGUUCUCAAACAAUGUCGCUGUGGCGAAUCAGAUGCUUUCCAACACAGCGUCCGGAAACAUGAGUUCCCCGCGUAACAACGAAAACAAAACCAUUGCACCCCUUCCGUCUACCACUCUCAGAGGAGAGAUGCCCGAGCCACCUGCAAGCUCGUUGUUUGAACGUUGGUUCGGUUCACGCUCAUCACCGUCGCCAUCCCCUGCACCACCUAAAGAUUCGCGCCGAUCCUCCGAGCCAUCCGCCAAUUUCCUUCUGGAUGAUGAUGAUGAUGAUGAUGAUUAUGAUGAUGGAUAUGAUUCGAAUGGCGGCUUUGACUUUAGCUGGCAGUCCAAUUGGCAGUCCAAGCAAGUUUCAAGCGCGUCCACUCAAAUUCGCCCUCACUCCGUCAGCUCUGAAGAUGAUGAGGAUGGACUGGAGAUGGACCGGGGUUUCAAUUUGACCUCGGAUAUGUUCUCGCUGGGCGAUUAUAGUGAGUCGCCAGAUGCUGGUAUCUUCGACAGAGUGCUUGAUACAGUAAACACGGCCAAAGAUAUAGCACAUGUUAUAUGGAAUGUUGGUUGGCGGCGGUAACCCUGCGCCACAUUCUGUUCUUCUUGAGCAUCUUGACCUAGUCAUGUUUGCCGAUUACGACGUACACGCAUAUAAUUAAGAUGGCAUUUGAUGGAGUUAGGGUAAUGUUUAUACCAACGAUACUUGAAUUUCACUGGGUUGUCGGACUAUUCAUUGGCGCAUAAGAAAUGGCUUUUCUUUUCUUUUUCUCCUUAACUCCAGUGCAUGAUGAUUAUAGACAAGGACUGAAUUGAGAAUCAUUGAAUUGAUCUA